UUUCCCUCUUGGCAUUUGGAACCUGAGCCUACCAGGGACAGACAACCACCGCAAAUUGGAGGGAACGGAGCAGAAGGUAGCGAAGCGAACCAAGAAGUCUUCAGUAUUCCUUCCUUGCAAGCAUCGUUAAUGGAGGGGUCAACGAGUCAAGACCAUGUGAUUGGGAUCCCGGUGAGCAACACCGCCUAUGGCAUAGAGGAGCCGGACUUCGCAGCGGAGGAGACGACCACCCCUGAUCAUGCCGGUUUCGUUGUUGGUUCCUUCCAAUUCAACAACGAUGCGAAUAGCCCGACGACGACGACGACGACAACCGAUCGGGCGAGCAAAUAUGGCAGGAAGGGGGACAAGAUUGCACAGGGCAUCAAAGAACAUGUGACCCUCGGGCCGAAGCUAUCGGAAACGGUCAAGGGGAAGCUCACGCUGGGCGCCCGGAUCCUCCAGGCCGGCGGCGUGGAGAAGGUGUUCCGGCAGUGGUUCUCCGUGGACAAGAACGAGAAGCUGCUCAGGGCGUCGCAGUGCUACCUGUCGACGACGGCCGGGCCGAUCGCCGGCAUGCUGUUCGUGUCGACGGAGCGGGUCGCGUUCCGCAGCGACCGGCCGCUGGCGGUGUCCGCCCCGGGCGGCGACAAGGUGCGCGUCCCGUACAAGGUGACCAUCCCGCUGCGGAAGGUGAAGGCCGCCAAGCCGAGCGAGAACAAGCACAAGCCCGAGCAGAAGUACAUCGAGGUCGUCACCAACGACGGCUUCGAGUUCUGGUUCAUGGGCUUCGUCAGCUACCACCGCUCGCUGCACCACCUGGAGCAGGCCGUCGCGCAGGCGCGGCGAUGACACGCACGAAGCGCGCAAGCGCGCGCACCCAUGUCGUGGCGGAGCUCGCUCUCGAUCGGAUCGGUCUCUUCGUGUCGUACGCUUGUGUGUGUGCGUGCGUGCAUCUGUGUCACUCUAGCUUGGUGAUGCUUAGAUGGGUUAGGAUUUGUGUAUGCGUAGGGUUGAUCGAUCACAACAUGUCGUUGUGUGUUGGGUCGCCAUGGCUGGCCUGCUGGUGGAUUGAUCGAUCGGCAUGCAGUUUUGCAAUUGCAUCCAGCAGGUUAGAUAUAGGCGGCUUGAUUAGGGCAUGCGAUGGCAUGUGAUGUUUUGUGGGGCGUGUGCGGAAUUGAAAUUCAUGAAGAAGUUGGAUGAGAAAUGGUUUCGGCUGCAAAUCGGCAAAUGGCAAAAGCCCCAUCAUAAGUGCAUCGCGAAUUUCUGAUAAGAUAUGCCAAAAAUGGAAGUUUCGCGAUAA